UUAAUCUCCUCUCCAAAAAAAAAAAAAGAUGAAAGGUGAAUACUUAGAACACAAGACACAAACCCACAAAUCAAACAACAACAUUAACAUCGACAUGUUCUCCAAACUUCCUCACCACCAGCACCAAAACCCUCUCUCUUCCCACUUCCACCUCUCCUCCUCCAUCUCACCCUCCACCGCCGGCGAUGGUUCUUCCGUCGAGGUUGUCAGGCGUCCACGUGGCAGACCCCCUGGCUCCAGGAACAAGCCGAAACCCCCCGUUUUCGUUAGACGCGACACCGAGCCCUGCCUGAGUCCGUACAUCCUCGAGGUCCCUCCCGGAAACGACGUCGUUGAGGCCAUCAACCGCUUCUGCCGCCGGAAAUCCGUCGGUAUUUGUGUCCUAUCCGGCUCAGGCUCCGUCGCCAACGUUACUCUCCGGCAACCCUCUCCGGCUUCUCCCGGCUCGACCAUCACCUUCCACGGCAAGUUUGACCUCCUCUCCAUCUCCGCCACUUUCCUCCCGCCUCCGCCGCGCACUUCUCUCCCCCCUCCCGCCAUUUCCGGCGUCUUUACCGUCUCCCUCGCCGGACCCCAGGGCCAGAUCGUCGGCGGAUUCGUUGCCGGACCCCUUAUCGCCGCCGCCUCCGUCUACGUCGUCGCCGCCAGCUUCACCAACCCGUCUUACUACCGGCUACCCUCCGCCGUCGAGUCACUGGAGGAGGGUCAGUCUCCGCCGGCCUCCGGCGCAAACGGCCGCGGAGAUACGGGACACGUGGCGACUAGCGGUGGAGAGUCGUCAUGUGGGGUGUCGAUGUUUAACUGUCACAUGGGUGGUUCUGAUGUAAUUUGGGCUCCCACCGCUCGAGCUCCACCGCCCUACUGAUAUUUUUCUUUUGAAUCUCAUCUUUUAUCUGUUUGUGUUUUUUUUUGUUCAUUAACAAUUUGGUAACUCUUGAAAGGGUUUCAUAGUUUUAGAUCAAUAGAUUUAGGGUUUGUUGCUCUCGACGAGGAAGAAGACGAAGAUGAUGAUAUUUUAAAAGUUUUUUAUAAAAGUUUUGGCCAACUUGUUACUGUGUGGUAAGAUUAUCGAAAAACAGGAUUAUUUUCUGCA